AUGGAGAGGUUGGGAUCGGAUGAGGUGUUGUCAGGGAUGGAGACAAGCAUGAAGGAGGAGCUGUGCAUGGAGAUCGAUCCGCCGCUCAAGGAGAGCCAGGCAACCGCCGAUGACUGGAGGAGAGCCCUCAACAAAGUGGUCCUCGCCGUUGUUGUCCUCCGCACCACCGCUUGCCGCGCCUUUGACACCGAGUCCGCCGGCGCCUCCUAUGCCACAGGCUUCGUGGUCGAUAAGCGCCGUGGCAUCAUCCUCACCAACCGCCACGUUGUCAAGCCUGGGCCGGUGGUGGCUGAAGCUAUGUUUGUGAACCGUGAAGAAAUUCCGGUGUAUCCAAUAUACAGAGAUCCCGUUCACGAUUUUGGCUUUUUUCAUUAUGACCCUUGUGCUAUACAAUUUCUGAGCUACGAGGAGAUUCCUCUUGCUCCUGAGGCAGCUUGUGUUGGACUUGAAAUCAGGGUUGUGGGCAACGAUAGUGGGGAAAAGGUCUCUAUUUUGGCUGGUACCCUUGCUCGUUUGGACAGAGAUGCCCCACACUAUAAAAAGGAUGGGUACAACGACUUCAAUACAUUUUACAUGCAAGCAGCUUCCGGAACAAAAGGUGGUUCAAGUGGCUCCCCUGUAAUUGACUGGCAAGGCAGAGCAGUUGCCUUGAAUGCUGGGAGCAAGACAUCCAGUGCUUCGGCCUUUUUCUUACCUUUAGAACGAGUUGUGAGGGCAUUAGAUUUCUUACAGCAAGGAAUAGAUUCUACUACAAAUAAAUGGAAGGCUGUCACCAUUCCUCGGGGUACACUUCAGGUUACUUUUCUCCAUAAAGGCUUUGAUGAGACACGUCGACUUGGGCUCAGAAGCGAAACGGAACAGCUGGUGCGCCAUGCAUCUCCACCUGAAGAAACUGGAAUGCUUGUUGUUGAUUCUGUGGUGCCAGGUGGCCCAGCACAUAAGCUUUUGGAACCUGGUGAUGUGCUUGUUCAUUUGAAUGGGGAGGUGACUACCCAAUUCCUGAAAAUGGAGAGUUUACUUGAUGAAAGUGUUAACCAUAAAGUUCAACUUCAAAUUGAAAGGGGAGGCAAGCCUUUGACUGUGGAACUGCUGGUUCAGAAUCUGCACUCGAUAACUCCUGAUUACUUUCUGGAAGUUAGUGGUGCCGUGAUACACCCUCUUUCUUAUCAACAGGCAAGGAACUUUCGGUUUCAUUGUGGUCUUGUAUAUGUUGCGGAACAAGGAUAUAUGCUAUUUAGAGCUGGAGUUCCACGCCAUGCUAUCAUUAAGAAGUUUGCUGGUGAAGACAUAUCAAGUGUUGACGACCUUAUAUCUGUGCUCUCUAAGUUGUCCAGAGGUGCAAGAGUACCAUUGGAAUAUAUAAGCCACACAGAUCGUCACCGAAGAAAGUCUGUCCUAGUCACUGUUGAUCGCCAUGAGUGGUAUGCACCUCCUCAAAUAUACACUCGUAAUGACAGUUCUGGUUUAUGGAAUGUAAAGCCGGCUUUGCCAAUCAACUCUCCACUUCUAUCAUCUACCAUCGAUCCCAUUAAACAAGAUCUAGCAAGCACGACUAUUUCAUCGGGUAUUUCUGUUUCUCCAAUGGAACAAACACAUCACCAUGUCAACCAAGAACCGUUGGAUGGUGUUACCAGUAUGGAGACUAGCUGUGAACAUGUUGCUGAUGGACCACAUUGUGAGGAUGAAUCUGAUGCUGGAUCUAAAAAAAGGAGGGUGGAGGAGGAUACAUCUGCUGAUGGUUCCAUACUGCCUGAUUCCUUACAUGAGCUGGUGGAAGAAAGAUUAGAGGACUCUGGAACAGCAACAGAUGCUGUUUUGAGAGAUUAUCAAGGUGGAGUAGCUGUAGCAGCUAAUGCUUCGCCGGAGCGUGUGUUAGAACCAACCCUCGUGAUGUUUGAGGUUCAUGUACCAACAUCAUGUAUGGUUGAUUGUGUCCACUCGCAACAUUUCUUUGGCACUGGAGUCAUCAUAUAUCACUCUCAAAAUAUGGGAUUGGUUGCAGUUGAUAAAAACACGGUGGCAGUGUCUGUCUCUGACGUGAUGUUGUCUUUCGCUGCUUAUCCAAUUGAAAUUCCUGGCGAGGUUGUCUUUCUCCAUCCUGUGCACAAUUUUGCUCUAGUUGCAUAUGAUCCUUCCUUGCUAGGUGAUGGUGUUUCUGUAGUUCGAGCUGCUGAACUCCUCCCCGAACCUGCACUGUGUCGUGGAGAUUCUGUCUAUCUCGUGGGUUUGAGUAGGAGUCUACAGGCUACUUCAAGGAAAUCCUUUGUCACCAAUCCUUGUGCUGCUCUAAAUAUUGGUUCUGCUGAUUGUCCCCGAUACAGAGCAAUCAACAUGGAAGUAAUCGAGCUUGAUACAGAUUUUGGUAGUACAUUUUCUGGUGUUAUAGCUGAUGAGCAAGGACGGGUUCAAGCAAUAUGGGGAAGCUUCUCAACUCAGCUCAAAUACGGUUGCAGUUCAUCUGAAGACCAUCAAUUUGUUCGAGGGAUUCCAAUUUAUACAAUCAGCAAAAUUCUUGCCAAAAUCAUAGAUGGUGCAGAAGGACCUACUCUUCUUAUAAAUGGAGUCAAAAGGCCAAUGCCGCUUGUAAGAAUAUUAGAGGUUGAACUUUACCCCACUUUGCUUUCUAAAGCUCGCAGUUUCGGAUUGACUGAUUCUUGGAUUCAGGCACUUGUGAAGAAAGAUCCUAUUAGACGUCAAGUUUUAAGGGUUAAAGGAUGCUUCGCAGGAUCCAAAGCUGAAAGUCUACUAGAACAGGGUGACAUGGUUUUGGCGAUUAAUAAAGAGCCAGUUACAUGCUUUCGGGACAUAGAAGAUGCAUGUCAAGAACUAGAUAGGUGUAAUGACAGUAGUGAGAAGCUUAAGAUGACAAUUUUUCGCCAGGGUCAUCAAAUGGAACUAUUGGUGGGAACAGAUGUGAGGGAUGGAAUUGGAACCACGCGUGUGAUAAAUUGGUGUGGAUGUAUAAUCCAGGAUCCUCAUCCUGCUGUACGAGCUCUUGGAUAUUUACCUGAAGAAGGACAUGGCGUAUAUGUGGCACGGUGGUGUCAUGGGAGUCCAGUGCAUCGAUUCGGUUUAUAUGCUCUUCAAUGGAUUGUCGAAGUGAACGGAAAACCAACUCCUGAUUUGGAUGCUUUUGUUACUGUGACCAAGGAAAUAGAACAUGGGGAAUUUGUUCGUGUGAGAACUAUUCACUUGAACGGGAAGCCUCGGGUGCUUACACUGAAGCAGGAUUUGCACUACUGGCCUACAUGGGAGCUGAGAUUUGAUCCUGAAACUGCAGUAUGGUGUCGCAAGACAAUUAAAGCAUUAGAUUGUAGCACCGCGUGA